AUGGCCUCCCGAAGCUUCUCCAAAUCUGUGCGCUCGCCUCUAGCCCGUCAAUUGGCCACUCCUCAGAUCCAGCAGCGCACCUUCAUCGCCGCCCGCAAUCUCGUGCGCGCUGGUGCCGUUGCUGCUCGCCCUGCUGCCAUUGCCGGCCGCGCCCAGCAGCAGGUCCGUGGUGUCAAGACCAUUGACUUUGCUGGCGAGAAGGAGGACGUUUACGAGCGUGCCGACUGGCCUCAGGAAAAGCUCCUUGACUACUUCAAGAACGACACUCUUGCCCUCAUCGGCUACGGCUCCCAGGGUCACGGCCAGGGUCUUAACCUGCGCGACAACGGCCUCAACGUCAUUGUCGGUGUCCGCAAGGAAGGCAAGUCGUGGAACGACGCUAUCCAGGAUGGCUGGGUUCCCGGAAAGAACCUCUUUGAAGUCGACGAGGCCAUUGGCCGCGGUACCAUUGUCAUGAACCUGCUCUCUGAUGCCGCCCAGUCCGAGACCUGGCCCGCCAUCAAGCCCCAGCUCACCAAGGGCAAGACUCUGUACUUUUCCCACGGCUUCUCGCCCGUCUUCAAGGACAUCACCAAGGUCGAGGUCCCCACCGACAUUGAUGUCAUCCUCUGCGCCCCCAAGGGUUCCGGCCGCACCGUCCGCUCCCUGUUCCGCGAGGGCCGUGGCAUCAACUCGUCCUUCGCCGUCUUCCAGGACGUUACCGGCCUCGCCAAGGAGAAGGCCAUCGCCCUGGGCGUCGCCAUCGGCUCCGGCUACCUGUACGAGACCACCUUUGAGAAGGAGGUCUACUCCGACCUCUACGGCGAGCGCGGCUGCCUGAUGGGCGGCAUUCACGGCAUGUUCCUGGCCCAGUACCAGGUCCUCCGUGAGCAGGGCCACUCGCCCAGCGAGGCCUUCAACGAGACCGUCGAGGAGGCCACCCAAUCCCUGUACCCCCUCAUCGGUGCCAACGGCAUGGACUGGAUGUUCGAGGCCUGCUCCACCACGGCCCGCCGCGGCGCCAUCGACUGGACCCCUCGCUUCCGCGACGCUCUCAAGCCCGUCUUCGACGACCUGUACAAGUCCGUCAAGGAUGGAACCGAGACCAAGCGCUCGCUCGAGUACAACGGCCAGAAGGACUACCGCGCAAAGUUCGAGUCCGAGAUGGAGGAGAUCCGUGGCCUUGAGAUCUGGCGUGCCGGUAAGGCCGUCCGCUCUCUUCGCCCCGAGAACCAAAAAUAA